GACGGCGAACAGGAAGUUUCACAAAAAAGUCACAUGCGUGAUUCAAGUUGAAAGGAUUUAUGCUGCAACAGACAAUUUACAAGCAUGUUUGUACAUUUUUUUAUCAACACAUCUAUUAAAUGGUGUCCAGGUACCUUCAACACCCCUAGAUGUCUGAUCCUCAGCCCUCUCCCUCCGCCCCCACCCUCUCCAUUCCUCCCAUCCACUCCUCCCCCACCCCAUCUGUUCUGCUCAACACCGGGACCAGGAUGCCUCUCCUGGGUCUGGGUACCUACCGGCUCCGCGGCCCUGAUGAGAUCCUCCAGGCCGUCGACGCAGCGCUCUCCACCGGCUACCGCUCAUUUGACACGGCCUCUGUCUACCGGAACGAGGCUGACCUGGGUCGAGCACUGCGACUCCUCCUACCCGAACACGGCCUCUCCCGAGCGGACGUCUUCAUCACCAGCAAGCUGGGCCCCAAGGACCAGGGCUCCAGAGCCAGGGACGGAGCUCUGAGGAGUCUAGAACUGCUGGAUCUAGACUAUAUAGAUCUAUACUUGAUCCACUGGCCAGGGACCCAGGGUCUCGGGGUGGGAGACAAGAGGAACCCAGAGAAUAGAGCUCAGAGCUGGGCAGUGUUAGAGGAGCUCCACGCCCAGGGGAAGCUGAGGGCCAUAGGGGUGUCCAACUACACCCCAGGACAUAUGAAGGAGCUACUGGAGGGGUGUUGUGUCACCCCCGCUGUAAUACAGGUAGAGUUCCAUCCCCGUCUGUCCCAGGGUGAGAUGAGGCAUCUGUGUGGGGAGAAGGGUGUCUGUUUCCAGGCUUACUCCUCCCUGGGGACUGGCUCUCUCCUCCAGGACCCUUUAGUGGUCCAGAUUGCACAGGGAUAUGGCCUGACCACUGCACAGGUGCUGCUCAGAUGGGCGGUACAGCAGGGUGUCCCCGUCCUACCCAAGUCAUCUCACCCCACCAGGGUAGCAGAGAACGGCCACGUGUUUGACUUUGAGCUGACUGCUGAAGAUAUGGAGAGGCUGGGGGGGAUGGACUGUGGUCAGAAAUACUGUUGGGACCCUUCACAGGUAGCCUGAGGUAGAAGGAUAACCUGGUGGAGGAGAUGGGGCCUGUAGCCCAAAGACUACUGGUUUGAAUGCCUUGACGUUAGCCUGAAGGUACAUACUCACUGACUGACUGGAUUGCUAUGAAGCAAACGUUGAUAAGAUGUCAAAGUAACGUAUCGACAGAACUUAAGUUUCCCACUGAGAUUCU